CUCUCCUGUGAGUAUUUAGAAUUUCGCUUCGUUAUGCAGCGGCUUUCGCUGUUGUUAUCGUCGUGUGCUCUUUGUUGAUUUCGUUAUAACGAAACGAAAUCGCUAGCCGGCAUGUGACAUCACAUUGCGAAAAAAAGUUUUUAGUAACGGAAAAAAUGCCAGACGAGUUGGAUGUACGGCAGUUAAUUGAAGAAGUGAAGUCACGCCCUAUUAUAUGGGAUGUACGAUACGGGCAGUACAAGGAUAGGACAAAUACACCACAACAAUGGACUGAAAUUGCGACAAUUCUGGGAGUAGAUGUGGACUCUUGCAAGCGCAAAUGGAAAAAUCUACGCGAUGCCUAUCGCGCCGAAGUGCGUCGCAUUGAGCGUCGUGUAGAACGUUUAAGAGCUUCUGGCACCCAUGACAGUUCCAUAGAAAUACGCAGCAAGUGGGCCUACUUCGAGCCGAUGAGUUUCAUAAACGACAGCCGUCGUCCCAGACAACAGACGCGUGCGCACAAGAGUGAAGGUGACGCCUCAAAUGGUUCGCACGAUGACCCACUCGGUUUCCAUACGUUCUGUGACAUCAAAAUGGAACAUCACACUACCGACGACGACGAUUACGAAGAAGAUGACCAACUUCUAGAACAAUUCGUUAGCGCCGCUACACCACAAGCGGUACGUCGCCUCUCAAAUUCCAUAUCGGAGGCCAAUGCUGCUGAAGAUGCAGCCACAUCGGCUGACGCUGAUCAAGGCAGAGCCAACAAUUGCAAAUGUUCAAAUCGUGCUGAGGAUCAGGUGCACUUCCUCGAGAAUUUGGAACGUGAGGAGCAGAGUUUGAUGCAGUCGACGCGCAUAGAUAUGUCGCGCGACAGCAUCACCAGUCAUGUGGGUAAUUCCGAUUAUAAUUUUCUUGUCAGCUUCUUGCCACAAAUGAAGCGUAUGAGCGAGUUGCAAAAUUUGCAAUUUCGUGCCAAGAUGAGCGAGCUGUUACUGAACACAAUGACGCCGCAGCCGACUGCUGCACCCAUGCAGCUAAUAGCUAAUGCAGCACAAUUUCAACAACAACUACAGCAACAGCAACAGCCGCAGCUGCAACUACAGCAAAAACCACAGUUGUUGCAACUACAACAGCAACCACAGUUGCAACUACAGCAACAACCACAGUUGCAUUUACAACAGCAACCACAGUUGCAGCUACAGCAACCACCACAGUUGCAGCUACAGCAACAACCACAACCACAGUUGCAACUACAGCAACCACCACAGUUGCAGCUACAGCUACAGCACCAACAAGAGCAAACUCAACGUGGUGUUAUCCAAUGUGCGCCCGUACCACUACAACUGGAAUUGAAACAAGACGAGCAACAAUUGCAAGCAACACAACAAUUGCAAGCAACACAACAAUUGCAAGCAACACAACAACAACAACAACAAUUGCAAGCAACACAACAACAACAACAACAACAACAACUACAACAACAACAACAACAACCGCAGCAGCAAACGCCACAGCGUCAACAACAGUUUACCACCACUGAUCUAAUGGAUGCAGAUCCAUUGGAUAAUAGGAGCGUAAGCGUUACUAGCGAAAUGUGUGACGACAACUCAGUCAAUUGGCCAUGAAAGACGCGCGUUGCACUGCUUUCCAAAGUGUUCAUUUUAUUUUUCACGAUUUUUACUAUAUUUAUUUAUGUAUGUACCUAAUUUUACUUGGCAGCCAGUCUUUCGCACAACUGAAAACACACAAUCUCAAACUUUUCAUGUACUAAGUAUUAAAAUAUUUUAACAUUUUAUAUAUUCAUUAAAAUAAAUUUUGUAUUGAU